AUGCCUUUACAAUCUUUUACAAGGCUACGGGCAGCUAGUAAAAAUGAGAGACGAUAUAUUAUGCGUCAUGCUCUUGGGUGGUAUCGAUCAUUGGUCAUUUCAGGGUUGUAUACUCUGGAGAAAGGCACAGCUUUUGACGCUACAGCUGUCUCUUCCUAUCUUCCUGCUUUGAAAUGGUGUAUCGAGUCUCACCCCAUCCUUAGCGCCGCCAUUGAAGGAGACUCAAGCGAAACCCCGAUGUUUAUUCGCCCGCCAGAGUUAGACCUCCAAAACCACAUCAAGAUUCUCGAGCCAGGGUUUUCCUAUUAUAAGUUUCACGAUGCACUUGAUUUGCUAAAGCAAGCUACCCUCGAGGCCCAUGAUCAACCCUGGUCGAACGUGGGGACUAUCCCCCAGUGGAAGAUCUUGAUCCUGCCGCUACCUAACCCCCUAAAUAUUAUGCAGAAGCGGAUAUACGUCAUGUUCGUGUAUUCUCAUACCCAUGGGGAUGGAAAGUCUGGCCUAGCCUUUCAUAGAUCGUUCCUCCACGGACUCCAGACCGCAGAACAUAAAUAUGAUCAAAACAUGAUCUGCCAACCACCCAUAUCCCCUCUUCCGCCACCAUUGGAAGAUGCAUGCAAUCUACGGAUUUCUUGGUCCUACCUACUCUCCCCACUCCUUCAACAGCAUUUACCACGUUUCCUAUGCCGCUGGUUCGGCGUACAGUCCCAACCACCAGCCCAUGCAUAUACUGGCCAGCCUAUAACCUACAUUCCCGAAAGGUUUCGCACAGGUUCUCAAACCUUAAUAAUUCAGAAGAACCUACUUGAUGACGUCCUAAUAGCGUGUAGGACUCAGCGUGGGAAACUGACAGGACUGCUGAGCCAACUGGUCGUACGCGCAUUGAGCGAGGCCCUACCCCGCGAGACUAGAUAUAAGGCCUAUAUUGGACAAAUCGUUAUCGAUCUGAGAUCGUUUCUAUCAGAUUAUUCAGAUAACACGAUGGGAAACUGUGUGUCUGCCGUUUAUGAAACGUCAGCCUGCUCUGGUAUUGAGUCAACAUACGAUCAAUCAUUUUGGGAUGCGGUACGGAAAACGACAUCUCGAUUAUCGGAUGCUGCCAACAAGCUCGAUGAUCAACCUGUUGGACUCUUGCAAUACCUCAGUAACUUCCGCCCUUGGUUUCUUGAGAAGAUAGGAAAGCGUCGAGACUCGUCCUAUGAGAUUAGUAAUCUUGGUAUUUUCGAUCCUUCCAUAUAUGGAUCGGCUACUGCGACUGCUACACCGUCACAGGAAGAGAAUGAUUGGAAGAUCGAGAAGAUUGUAUUCUCUCAACCUGCAAAUGUCACUGCUUCUCCACUGAACUUUCAAGUCGUGACAGUGAAAGACGCGGACAUGAUUAUUACACUGAAUUGGCAAGUUGGUGUUUUGGGUGUGACUGAUGAGGAAACGUUCACUAAAGAGGUUCUAAACAAAGUUAAGGGCUCUAUGGAGGAAAUUGCAUCUGCGUAA